AAACGUGGUUUAUUUUUUAUUAGUUUUAACUGUAACUUCGGAAGAAUUUCGCUCUUCUCUUUAAGAGCUUUUAAUAGUAAUGACGUUAAUAUAACCACUAGAGUAUAAAUGUUAUACGUAAACACGAUUAUCUACCAAUCAGGGAAAAGCUUUAAUUAGAUCAUUUCAACCACGUCAGUUUCUUACUGAUGCUAAUUCGUAUACGUUUGUUUCUAUAAAUAUUACCAGUAAUCGCGGUAGGAAAAAAAAUUCAUAAAUUUUAUUAAAAUGUUAAAUUUAUUUGAAUUUUCUUGCAUCGUGUUCUGGUGGCAUUUUUUAAUUAAGUAAAAGUUAGGUUGUGAAUGGCUGAUAUCGAUGAAAAAAAUGAGCAGUCACGUGGUUUAGAUGUCUUAAUUCCCGAUUAACGAGGCAGAGUGGUAAUAGUUUUGUAUUCUGCAUAAAAAGAGCCGAGUAUGAACUGUUGGAGGAAGUGGAGACAGAUUGUACAGGAAACAUAAUGCUUACGAGACCGAUAUUGUGCGGCUUAGGUAAAUGUGUAUUUGGAGGGUGGGGAAGACGAUGGUGGGAAAAUUUGGUUUUUAUACGUGAGGAUCAGCGACCCUGUGGGAAAGGAGCGCAGAUGGUCGUUGAGCGUGAAAAUGAUUCUGACUAUUUCCUGCCACCGUUCGUCCGGGUGGUGUCAAUGCUUUUCUAUUGUCGAGUAGCAAACACCAUCUGCUACCCCGCGCUUUUUAACUUCCUAAACAGAAUCAUUGCCAAACAGUGCAACUAUAAAAUGUUAUCUUAUCUUCCUAAAACAUGUUUGUAUAGUUUUUUCCAUCUAGUGAGUUUUUUUUCUACUACUCUGCUCUAUUGCCCUUAGGAAAUUAUUGUCCCAGAUAAAAACCAUUCUUUUGUUAUGCACUUCCUGCAUAUCCAGGUUUUAAUUACCUGUGAAAGGUAUUGGCAGUUAAACAGAAAAAAAAAGGAAAUGAGAUGAUGAAUGAGUGGAAUGUGUCUGUGGGAAAGAUGUCUUGGAUCACCAGAUGGGCCUUGAAUACUCUGUACUCCAAAUUAGAUAAUAAAAAUCAUCAUCUAGAUUUUUGCAUCUUUUAUUAUAUUUAUAAAUCUCCAUUAUAAUGUUAUUGAAAGGUCAUGAUAUACAUGAAGUUAUGACUUAAAUGAAAGGAAUACAUUCAUUGAUCAUGGCUAGAUGCACUUUGGACAAACUAUUUUGGUUGUGCAUAUUAAACUUCUGUACUCAAAUUAUGCAGUGUGCAUUUCUCUGUUCCAGUAAUUCUUCCAACAAUCAAUCAUGUAAAAGGUCGGAAAUAAUUAGUCUUCCUGGACAUUGGCCUGCAAAUUACUGUGUUAUCACCAAUAUUAAGUUUCAAGUUAGUAACAAAACAAUAACUGUCAAUAAAGAAAAUAUGAAAGAUUUGGAUAAAUGUUUUAAAAUUCAAGAUAUUUGGAGUUUUCAACCAAAGCAAAUUGAUUCAGAUAAUUUAAUCUGUGAUCAAGUAUUUCCAAGAGGACACUUUUUCACUGUUUAUUAUUAUCAUGGCAGCAAUUAUUUUCAUCUUCAUUAUGAUACAUUGAUUCCACUUUACUCUGCAUUAUAUUAUCAACAGACUUCUCUUCCAAAAGAAACAGUUUUGUUACCAGCAGUUGAGAUAAAACGGGGCGAGGGAGUAGAUUGGAAUACAGAUGCUUUCAUGAAAUCAGAAAUGUAUUGGUUAGAUAUGUUGAUGACAAUUGCUGGAUCUCACAGAUUAUUACCAUUGGAUAAGAGACUUGCUGCAAUAAAUAAAACAAUGUGUUUUGAAAGAGCCUAUUUUGGUACUCCAAGAGUUAAAUAUUCUGAUCCUUCUUUGAUAAAAGCUUUUAUAAAUUUUGUAAAGAAGACUUUACAAAUAGAAAAGAUUAAAAUUGAUGCUCACAAACCAAAAGUUGCUCUUAUUCACAGGGAAGGCAGAAGAAAAAUUCUGAAUGAAGAUGAAUUGAGUAAAAGCAUUGAAUCAUUUGCUGUAGUAGAGAUUAUUGAUUUUAGUGAACUUUCUUUUAAACAACAAGUUCAGAAAGUUCAGGAAUAUAGUGUUUUGGUUGGAAUAAAUGGUGCUGGGUUGACAAAUGCACUUUAUUUACCUGAAAGCAGUGUUGCAGUGCAACUUGUUCCAUAUAAAGCCCAAUUAAAUGUUGAUGAAUUUGCAACUCUGCUGAAAGCUAGAGGACCAUAUCUUCAAUGGGACAAUACUCAUUCAGAACUUAAUUCUCCCACUAAAUCUGAUCCUUUUAAUAAUGGCUCUGACACUAUAGUACACAAACAGGAAUUUAUAAAAAUCAUCAAGAAGGCAUUAGAGUUACAGCGGAAUUUUCUGAAUCAGAAAUUCAUUGAGUGAAAUUGGUUUGUUUAAACAAAAAAAGAAAAAAAAUUAAGGUUUGCUUGAUCUGUGAUGUGGUUUUGUAUAUAAUAUACUAUAAUUGUGAAAGUUGUAAACAUUACUAUAGUUUAUAUAUAAUGAUUGAAAAUUUUAAAACACUUUAAUGUAGUUGUUUUUUAAUAUUUCACUGUACUUUAAAAAUUAUAGCUACAAAUUUAUAUUUAAAAAAGGUUAAUAGUUUAGAUCAUAAAUGUUUAACUUCAGAAAGUUUUUGUCAAUAAUAUUACACAAAAAAUUGUUGCUAAUAUUUGUUAAAGAAAAAAUUUUAAAUUUGAUAAAGUGGUACAAAUUUGUUGUU